AUGAAAUUAAUCAAACCAGAAUGGAUUGAACAUGGACCGAAAGAAAGUCUUUCCUCGCUUCAUAUCAAUCCUGAAGGUGUUCGCGUUGCUGUAGCUGGUAAAUAUAAUGCUGUCGAUUGUAUACGUAUAUUUCGUUUGGCAUCGAUACUUGAUGAAAAUUAUCACAAACAGUCUCGACUUCUGUGCCGUAUCGAUACACAAUGUCCACUUUGUGUUCGAUUUUCUUAUACCAGUGAUAUCCUUGCUGUUGCUAGUCGUCAAAGUGUUCUUCUGUAUCAUUUAACAGCCACGAAUCCAAAUGUAGUAAAUCAACCAGUUCAGUCAUCGUCAUCAUUCGGUGAAUUUCCUGAAACAUGGCGUCUUCGAUCAAGCCUAUCAUCUGGUCAUGUUGCUGAUGUCCUAGAUAUAGCAUGGUGUCCGUCGAAUGACCGAUAUUUAGCAUCGUGUUCUAUUGAUAAUCACAUUUGUAUAUAUUCAUGGCCGUCUGCAACGUUAACAACAACACUUCGUGGCCAUACCGGUUUAGUUAAAGGGCUGGCGUGGGAUCCAACUGGACUUCUAUUAGCAUCACAAUCGUCAGAUGGAACGGUAAAAGUUUGGUCGAGUACAACGUGGCAAUGUGAACAAACGAUAAAGGAGCCAUUCGAUGGUUGUGCAGAAUCGACAUCGUUUCUUCGACUUGACUGGUCGCCUGAUGGAACAAUGUUUACUACAGCACAUGCUAAAAAUAAUACUUUUCCCGUAUCAGCUUGCAUUAUUCGUGGUUCGUCGACGGUCGAUGCUGAAUUCGUUGGUCAUCGCCGUGAAGUAACGUGUGCAAGGUUUCUCCCAAGAAUUCUAUUAAUUAACGGCCGUCGACGAUGUCUAUUAGCAAUUGGCAGUAAGGACCGGACUCUAUCAUUAUGGUUAACUAGUCCACGGCAGCCAAUGUGUAUAAUCAAUGACUUUUUUGCAUCAGGCAUAUUAGAUAUGUCCUGGCAUUUAAAUGAAACUGAAGGUUUAACUACACUUGGUGUUUGUUCACCAGAUGGUGCUUGUGCAUUUAUUGUAUUUAAUAAAGGUGAACUAGGCUCCCCUUUAACUCAUCAAGAAAUGGCCAAGUUUUAUAGUGACAUGUAUAAAGUAAAUAUAGCGGUUCCUACAAAGCCGGUGGCGAACGGUGUUACUCCUGUUACGAAUGGAAAUGGUCAUAGUCAUCAUUCCCAAGCAUCGACUGUCAAAACGACAUUAGCUAAUCAAACUGAACGUCGACUAAAUGAUGGUCGUCGUUGCAUCAAACCCUUGUGCAUCGAUACACCUCCUCCUGCACCCGCAGUUACACCUGCACCUCUGCCAGCGCCCACACCCGUAGCAUCAACAUCCAAAGUUCCAUCGCCAUCACCACAACCGCCUCCUACAAGUUCUACUACUACUACUACUACUUCCACACCGUCUUCCGUAUCAACGUCUCGUCGUACACCUACAAUUCCAAUCGACCCUAAACCAGCGAAAGGUGUUGUUCGAUCGUCAACGUCGUCCAUUACUUUACCAUCAUCGAUUAGUUCGACAGCAUUAUUUCCUCCAUUGAAAUUGCUAUCGAAUUUAAUUCGUAAAAUAAACAAUGAGUAUGAAUUGCGUACAGAAAAAUCCUCUGAUCAAGUCUAUAUUCUUUCUUGCAUUAACGAACAGACAAAAUUGGCACAAUGGAAAAAUGUCUUUCAAUCACCAUUACUUGCCAUUCAAGCAACCAAACACUUCGUCGCACUUGUUACAUUGAAUGAAACAAAUCACUGUUCAGAAUUAUUCGUUCUCGAACGCCAAAGUGGUUUACGUUUGUAUUCCAAUAUCGUUCUAACGCAAACUUUAGCUGGUUUAUACAUAUCAGAAAACACAAAUAAUUUACAACGAGCUACCAUUUCAGUUAUUUAUACUACUGGAUUAUUAUCAGUAUUUGAUCUAACACGAAAUUCGAUGGCAUGUCCUAUUCUCGAUAUCAACAUCUCACAUCUAUUACCACCACAUGCAUCCAUCGUGGAUAUUUUUACAUUAAACUACACCAAUUCAGAUACAGUAUGUCUUAUCACAAGCACUGGACAUCUGUAUGGAUUCGAUAAUUUUGCUCUUCCAUCUGAUUUAACUUCAUCCGGUCCAUUAUCGACAUUAACAAAAACUCAUGGUGCUACAAUGAACGAUGAUGCAUAUCAAAAGAAUCUUUAUUCUUCGCCCAAUCGUGAACUAUUAGUAUCUGCAUAUCUUGAAACUCAAAUUCAUCGAUCACGUGUUCUUCAUUCAUUACGUGAAUACUCCUUUUGGCUAACAACAUUGGUUCGUUUUCUGGCCAACUCAUCGCUUCAGGACAAAUCCUUAAAAUUGAAAUCAAUCUUAGAUCAUCUCGCUGAACAUGUACAUAGCACACCUAUCAAUGUCAAUGCAAGUCUCAUGCCGCUGAGAACGAAAGAUGAAUAUCAAAACGUAUUAAAUGAAUGUUUGAUCAUUCUUCGUAACUACGAUGACACGUCAACAUUAGUUCAACAUUAUGAAUAA